AUGGAGACAUCAUCGACCACUUCUCGACCAACCGCACCAGCGUGGACAGUGCCGCGUCGCACCGUUCGGCCCGCCACCAACCCACCCUCCACGCAUAGGCGAUGCCGUUUCCGCACCCAUGCCGCACCUCCUUUUUCUUCCGGAAGAACAGUGAUAGACAUUACGCACCAGCCUACGCCGAUUCCGCGACCAUUGUUCGAUCGUCCGAACUUUGCAGAGCUCGUGAACAGUCUCAAUGCACAUACCACCGCAUUCUCAAAACCUGGUCAAGGCUACGAAAACGUAGCUGGUGCAAUGUAUGAGAUUGAUAUGACCUUGACUGUACCUCAAGCUUCUCAAAUAACUGCACAUGGACGUAGGAAGAGGAAAAUAAUAGCGGAUGUAAAGGCGAGAUGGCAAUCGACCACUAUUCCCUAUAGGUUUGCUAUCAGCGACGCAGCAUGGCAAUCACGUAUACGUGCGGUUAUGGCUAAAUUCAGCAAAAAUACAUGUUUGCGAUUUGUGGAGAACUCCGGCUCGGACUAUAUUCUCUUCAAUCGAGGUGAAGGAUGCUACUCCCCCGUUGGAAGGCUUGGAGGUGCUCAGGAAGUUUCCAUUGGCUAUGGUUGUGAGACAGACGGCAUCAUAAGCCACGAAAUUGGACAUUCGCUAGGAUUUUAUCACGAGCAAACUCGUUCGGACAGAGAUAACUAUGUGACGGUUUAUCCGAAAAACGCCGUUCCUGGUACCGAAGGGCAAUUUGACAAACUUUCGCCGAGCCAAAUCGUAGAUUAUGGUGUUCCUUACGACUAUGGCAGUGUAAUGCACUACUCAAGCAUUGCAUUCUCUAGCAAUUCUGUGGCGAAGACCGUUGUUCCUCUUCAACCACAGUAUGAACAUACCAUCGGUAGCCGAGUGGAGCCGAGUUUCCUCGACUACAAAGAGCUGAACUUGGCGUAUUGCUCA